AUGGUUUCACCAUCGCCCGACAAGGACGAUCAAAACAAGGGUGGCUCAUAUAAAACGCCGUUCUCAUACGUUGCCAUUCGAUUAAUGACGAAAACAUUUCUGCUUUUCUUACCUCUUCACUGCUGGGCGAUUUAUUCAAGUUGCCCAUACUGCCCUCAAUACCCCGUUGUCUACCAGAGUGCACUGCCUGCAGCAACAUGGACAGCAUCACCAACUACCGUGAUUUACCGUACACCGAGGUAUCGGGUGGUGUCGGUUCAAGAACCCGUUGAAAGCGAACAAAUCAACGAAGCCAUAGAGAUGGAUGAAGAUCUGAAGAAUGCGGAUGUAAAAGUGAAUCACCUCGCUGGAGCAAGUGAUGAGUACGAUCCAUUUGGUCCAGUACGACAAGGAUAUGGUUUGCAGCCGCCACAUGCGACGUUUAGAACUGGAAAAUUGAAUCAUUAUCAUCACCAUAUGACAUCGCUGAAAACGGAAAUGGUAACUAAAGGGUUCGGUGGAGGUGAUUCGUACUAUGCUGGAGCUGCAACACCAAAAGAAAUGAUCGGUCAAAAGGGUGGCUACGGUGAAGCACACAUGCCUGCAAUGGAGAAUACGGCAAACACAGGAAUGCUACAGAAUUCACAGGAGCCUUCAAAACUCAAAUGGCUCGAAAAGGAGAUUGUUAGUCAACCGGACUUCGGAGUCGAAAAGCAAACAAAAAUCACUCAACAAAUGGGGGCCAUUGAAAAAGAGGAAAAAAUCGGUGAAUCGCAAAAACAUCAGCUUUCUCUUGGUCGAAAGAACACCGAUCCAGAGGAGUUUGUGAUAGUCCCAAUAGAAGAAUAUUCCUUCAGUCUAGCGUUACAAUAA